CCACGGUUUCCAUUUUCUCAAAAAUGCUACCGGGUGUUAUUGACAGAGAGCUGAUUAGCUUAGCAAAAGGAUAACGAGAUGAUAGUUUUUACUUUUUCUGUUAAUUUUAUCUACACGUAGUGUUUUUGGAUAAUCUCUGAUAGUCUACAUGAGACGAAAUCAGCAUGAGCACCUCUGCACUGCGAAUUGGUGACCAGCUGAUCCUGGAAGAGGAUUACGAUGAGAACUACAUUCCAUCUGAACAAGAGAUCCAUGAAUAUGCCCGAGAGAUUGGGAUUGAUCCUGAGAGGGAGCCGGCGCUCUUGUGGCUGGCCAGAGAGGGCAUUGUUGCCCCGUUGCCUGCGGAAUGGAAGCCCUGUCAGGAUGUGACCGGAGAUGUUUACUACUUCAACUUCUCCACCGGUCAGUCCACAUGGGACCACCCGUGUGAUGAGCUGUACCGCCACCGAGUGGCUCAGGAGAGGGAGCGUGGUGCCUCAGGCUCUGCCCCUGUCAAGAAGGAUAAGGAGAAGAAGAAGAAAAAAGAGAAGAAGGAGAAGAAAAAGGAGAAAAAGAAGAGCGAUCCAGAGGGUCUGAAAGCACCAGGACCGCUGGGUCCUCUUGCUCCUCUCAGAAGUGUGUGUGACACUCCGGUUCCAGCACUCCGUGGUUCCCUUGGCAGCUCCUCCAGCCUCCAACCUCUGAAGACUCCACUAGGGGGUUCCAGGAUGAGCUCCAGUUUGCAGAGGGUACGUCAAGAGGAGCGUCCAUCUCAGGCUCCGCCCACAUUUUAUUCCGAUGAAGAAGAAGAGCAGGAAAAGAUUUCCAUGCUUCAGAGUCCGUGUGGUACAUCACACCUGCUGCAGAAUCUGCACUUCGACUUGGACGCUCUGGAAGGAGGACUGCAGUACCAGGACAGUGAUGUGAGCGGUACAGCUCCAGCUGAGGAGAGAACCGAACCAGAGCUCCAAGAUCUCGCUCUCUCAGGAGAAAUCAGUGCCAACCCUCCAUCUUCAUCUCAGGAAUCGGAUAUUAGUGAACGUAUUGAAGUGGUGUCUAACCAUUCUGAUGACAUGAAGGUGGGGUUCCGUUCCAAGUUUUCAGAGAAAAUUCUAGACCUGUCUGAUCUCUGCCUGGCUGAACCUUCAACAGCUCCAAAGGAAAAAGAAAAGCAUGGAAGGAGAGAGGAACAUGAUGACUGUGAGGAGGAUGAGGAAGAAGAGAUGAGAGGGGACGCGACAAAGAGCAUGAAGAUCUUAGGUUUAGACGAGUGGCUCUCCGAUCACGAACAGGAACCACUGUCCUGUUCCUCUGUCUCUAAACGAGAGAACGUGGACAGAGAAAGAAGAGCACGGGUUGAGGAGGAGGAAGAGAAAAGAAAGCGUGAGGAUGAAGACAGAACUAAAAGAGAGCGAGAAGGGGAGGAUGAGAGAAGGAGGCAUGAAGAUGAGCAGAGAAUGAAGAGGGAAGAGGAGGAGGAGACACAGAGACAGCUGGAGCAGGAGAGGUUGAGACUGGUGGAGGAGCGUGACAGAAGACUGCACCUCAUCCGAGAAGAGCUGAGAAGAGAAGAAGAAGAGGAGGAGCGAAGGAUCAAGGAGGAGAAUGAGGAAAGGAUCAGGGCUCUAAAGGAGCGCCUGCAGAGAGAGAGACGAGAGGAGGAGGAACGUCUGGACCAGGAAACACAGACCAAACUACAGCAACUCAAAGAGCAAGCGCUGAGGGACAGAGACACACACCUACACACACUCAGGGAGGAGAACGAGGAGAGGGUGAGAGAGCUGCGUGCUCAACUGGAGGCAGAGCGAGAGAGACUGGAGGUGCAGAGGAGGUGGGACUUGGACAAAAUGAGGGCGGAGUCAGAGGAGGAGUUAAAGGCUGAGAAAAAGCGGCUUCAGGAGAUGAGGGAGGAGCAGAUAGCUUCACUCAGACUGGAGGAGAUGACCAGUGAAAGACAGCGAGACCUGAGAAGUCUUCAACCUGAACAGCAGUUACUGGAGUAUAAAAGAGAGCUGUCUGAUGUGCUGCGGGAAGUGAGGGAGGAAGUGCAGAAGGAGCACAGCAGGAAGCUGGAGCAGCUUAAAGAGGAGCAUCGAGACAAGCUGCAGGCCAUCAGAGAAACGCACCUGGAGGAGGAGAGUAACCAGCGGGAGCGUUUGAUGAGUGCACUCCAGGAGGAGAGAGAGCGACUUCUCACCUCACACACCGCUCAGGUGGAGCAGCUGGACACACAGCUCCACAACAUGCGCAAAACACACAUGCAGAAGGAAGCUGAAGUGCAGGAGUUGAUUGAGAAAGUAGAACUGAAGACCAAAGAACUCAAAAUUCAAGAAUCAAGACUCCUAGCUCAGGCAGCCGAUUUAAAGAAGAGGAGGAAACAGCUGGAUGAGGAAGAAGAUGAAGUUGAGAGGGGAUUAGAGACUCUUCCACGCCUACUGAAAGAGAGAGAUCAUCUUUGUGCCGAUCUGAAGAGCGCGAGAGAGGAGCGCAACAGAGUGAGGGAUGAGAUGGAUAGAGAGAGGGAGGAGAGAAUGAGGGAGAGGGAGGAGAUGGAGAGAGUGAGGAAGAGAGAGAGGGAGGAAAAUGAAAGGAUGAAAGAACAAAGAGAGAGACUGCAGAGCAAAGUAGAGCUGCUACAGGACAAAUGUGAUCGGCUCAUCCGAAGAGUCAGUGAGUUGGAGCGGAGAGAGAGUGCAGACUAUGAAGGAGAGGAGAAGGAGAUCAAGAGUGAGGAGAAGAGGAAGAAUAGAGAGGAGACAUUGAGAGUGGAGGACCUAGAGCCUUCUCUAUCUUCUGACACUCACAGCAACAUGGAGAAGCUGCGUGAAUUCAUCUCAAGUGAAAGUGUCUCACUGCAGAGAGCAAGACAGUUCUUAGACCGUCAGACUGGCAAUCUGAGAGAAAGACAGGCAACGCUCAGGGCAGCCCAGACCACUCUUCAGGACCCCACCCCAGCAGGUGUCGCCCAGCUGCUCCCCCAGCACCUCCAACAGGAGGCAAGUUGUUUGGCGGAGCUGAAGGAGACGGUGCAGAUGGGUCACUCUCUAUUGAGGAAGAAAGAGGAGAGACUGAGCCAGCUGGAGAACUCUCUAGUUGAGGAGCUGUCCUGUGGUGACGCAGAGAGGAUGGAGGCAGAGCGGAAAGUCACGUUUGAUGUUACAGAUUCAGACAUGAGCAGUGUGCAUGGUCAAGAAGGAACAGUGAAAGUGCAGCAGUUAGCCGACUCCCUACAGCAGAUCUCCAGCCAGCUGAACACGGUGUUAGGAGCGCUGGGAUCUCUGACACAAACAACAUCCACAUCCUUCCCGCACACUUUUUCACGUCCUGCUGUUCCGUCCUGGGCGUGGUCUCCAAACACCACCUCGUCCUCCGCAGCCAAUCAGAACGGGUUCACGCUCGGCAGCGUUAACGGGGUCCCGACACUGCAUGGCUCUGAUCUGCUGCUCAACUCCAACUGGAGAACAGUCCUCCCCAGGGUUUCCAUGGACACCAGCACCUCCUUUUCCACAAGAGCUCACACAGCAUAUUCUGGAUACAUUCCACCAAGUGUCUCCUCCAUCAUGCAGUCUAAAUCGUCAGAGUUGGACAGUGGGAGACUGCAGGGACUGAUCGAGGGCAACAAAAGAUGGCUGGAGACACGACGGAAAGACACUAAUGUACCUCUGUUCACACGCUACCAGGAUCCCCCAUCUACAAACGGUUUGGUCCAACUCAGCCUGGACGAAAAUAAUCAGAUCAGAGUGCACCAUUACUGAAUUCGGGCCGGGCCGGGCCGGGCCGGGUGGGGGGGGGAAUCCGGGAUUGGUGCGUUUCACUGUUAAUUUUGCACAGGCAGGCUUUUAAAAGCAAAAAAUGACAACACUAUCGAGGUUCGUGAAGCACAGAAUAUUUUGUGUGUGAGAGAGAGAGAGAGAGAGAGAUAUGAAUAAAGUAAAGGUCUUCCUCAGGUAAGAGCCAUUUUUAUUCUACGAACUCCGUAUCAACUAAUCGGACGAUUUCAUUCGCACAAGAAGUUAAGGGUAGAAGCGUGCUGCGAUUUCGAACACGCAGUCAGACCGACAGAUGUUCGAGACAGCUCGCUGGCCCAGAAACAAGAACCUUGGACUGAAGAUCUGUGGUUGGUAGAAGAGAGCAACUGGACUUGCUUGAAAAGUCUUGAAGACGUUUUGCCUCUCGUCCAAAAACGACCCACCUCUGUUCAGUGAUGGAACGACCAUCACUGAACAGAGGUGGGUGUCUAUGACAUCUAUCAGGCACCUACAAUGCAGCCAUCAGCAUUCUGAUUCGGAUUCUAUGAUGAUCCAUGAGAGGAUAAAUACUUGAUACUCCCUAUUAGUCAGACAGAACUGAGGAUGCCUUUCAGACGAGAGGCGAAACGUCUUCAAGACUUUUCAAGCAAGUCCAGUUGCUCUCUUCUACCAACCACAGACGACUGAGUAUCUUCACAGAUAUGCUUGGACUGAAGAUCAUUUUAAAAAGACCAUCCUGUCCUACAGCAGAAAUGUCACGAAAUAUUCAGGUACUGCGUUAUCCGUUAAUUACCUCGCCCGCUAUGGAGUAAAUGGGGCAAGGUAUUGUUCUCAGCAGGGUUUCUUUUGUUAACGAUAUUACAGGAAAACGGCUGGACCAAUCUUCGUUAAACUUUCAGGAUAAUUGGGCCUUGGUCUCAAAUAGAACCGCCAACAUUUUGGAGGUCAUCUGGUCAAGGUUUUUGUGGCUACCGGUUAGGGUGGUCCCCAAAUUUUUUUUUUUUAGGAUUUUGUUACGACCACCUUACCUUUUUUUUUUUUACAUUGCCUAAAAGAAGUUAUUGUGCAAAAUUUGGUUAAGAUUGAACAAAGUUUUCACUCAAGACACAAUAUAAAAUAAUGUGGCUUAUUAACUGUUUCAUAUUAAUACAAACAAUGCAGUAAUAUAACUUCCUGUGUUCAAAGUAACAAUAGCUAUUACUUGUCUGUGAUUUCCUAAACCCUUCGGUAUUCUGGUAUCUUGUGGAGAUAAAAGAACACACUAAGGACUUCCCUAGCAGAAGGAAGCUUUCUCCCAGACAGUUCCUUGGAAGUGGGACCAAUUAACCAAACAUAAUUGUCCUUUCUGGUUUUGUGCUUUGCACCACCGGUGCUACUUGUAUUACUGUUGCUAGCCAUCUGAAAAACAUUCACAACUUCAUCAGCAUAUUACGAUCAGUAGGGCUGUAACAAUAUGCGUAUUGAAAUCGAAAUCGCGAUACGCAGAGCCACGAUCCGUAUUGUGAUACAAGAAGGCAGAAUCGCGGUACACCCUUUCAAACUUCUCCUCAGCCCAAAAACAGAGGCGCUUCCAAACUUCAAUUUAUGAAUACUUUACUUUUUAUAUCUAUUAGUAAGUCGCUUUUUCGCCGACCUGCGACAAUCUUCUGCGAGUCACGCAACGUCCACACUCGCCACUGGCAGAGCAUUCAUUUCUUUUAAGCGGUCGCCAUUCUGGUUGCAACGCGGGGAGCGAAUCUGUAAACAAGCAGCUCAUUGGCUGGCUAGGUGUGCCACAAGCCAAUCACAAUCACUUGACCGGAAAGGCAUGCAGUGUUGCCAGAUUGGGUGGGUUUAGGUGCUUUUGAACAUAUUUUGGGGUGGAAAACGUUAGCAAUAUCUGGCAACACUGAAGGCAUGUCUGCUUGGGCGGAAGCCUUCUGCGGCAGUUACAGUUUGACACGCGAGCAACGUUUCACCAUAAAAAUUCCGUAAUUUCCAUCUGUUUUCCGCGAUCACAGAAAAUCAUUGGCCCUAUGAGAGUGAGACAGUGAGAGAGCCCCCCCCCCCAAAAAAAAAUCUUAACAGAUUUACACGAUUUGGAAAAAUGACUUUUUCAGAACCGAAAAACCAGAGCUUCCGGCUCAACAGUAUUAUUUUGAGAAAUAAAACAGUCUUUGGAUAUACAUUUGUUCAUUUUUGCAUACAUAUUACUCAUUCUCUGCAGUGGUCUGAAUUAUCUGUUAUUAAAUAGUUAAUGUAAGUAAGUAAAUGUUAAUAAGUCAAAUUUACUACUUUAAAAAAAAAAACCGUGGGCGUAUCGAAUCGUGGGUCAAAAAUCGCGAUACGAAUCGAAUCGUGAGUUGGGUGUAUCGUUACAGCCCUAACGAUCAGUGCUCAUUGUUUAAGAAGCCCUUAGUGCAUGAAAGUUAACCUUCUAUCAGUCUAUAAACUCUUCCUGCCUCUUCUUUUUCAUAGAAGUGGCAUAUUCCCUCUAGAACUGUGACUUUUUGGGGGUUUGAGAUCUUCUCUGCAAGUCUACGCACCAACUAAUGUUAAUGGCUUAACCUGAUUUGCAACCUCGUGUGGCACCUCUAAAUAUUAACCAAUUUUCCUGAAAUUUUGCUUGUUGCCUUCUUUUAGCCUAUGUAAAAAAAUGGUAGGGUGGUCGGAAUGUUUUGGUAAAAAAAUUUUUCCUAUACAUUUUGGGACCACUGUACUACCGGUUCAUAUAGAGGCGGUGGUCGCCGCGUCCUCAUGCUGUAAGAAUGUAACAAUCGCGCAGUAUGGCGUGUUCUGAGCAGCAGAACCACGUUUACUGGCCAAGUAUGUUCACAUGCAAGGUCAAACUCGGUUUUUCGCGAUAUCUUCCUUCAUGUGCUACCGGGCGAGGUUUGUUUUGCCUGCCAACACUUUUUUUUUUUUUUUUAUGACAAUCUCAGGGACACGUUAACGUCCUGGAUUUAGCAUUUAUUUUUAAAUUCUCUUAACAGUGUGUUUACAAUUUUUUUUUUAAAAAUAUAAACAAAACCAGUGUCCAAAUAUUCCUGUUUCGUGUUAUUUUUGUACCAGCUGAAUAAAUUGGUAGUGCUUUGCAGAAAACAAGGCUGAAACGUGUGGGGUGUGUUUCGAUUGGUCAGGAGGUGCUUGUUUCACAGAAUUAACGUACGCGUCUCAAGAAAUAAAAUUAUAACGGUCGGCUAAUUGCUGUGGGAUGGACCGAGACUCCAUGCAAGUAAAUAAGGCAAGACUAUUGUACCAAUCAGACUAUUGAAAAAUUUACAAAUACUUUAUUCAGUAACCAUUUCUCAUUAAAUACCCCCUUUUUUUUGUUUGUUACAGACAUUAUAAAGUCGAUAAACGGCAUCAUGAAUCAUCAUCCUUAAAAAAAGUGUACUCAGUUACAGUGAGCUACAGUCAAUCCAUUCCACAGGACCAAAGAUCAAAAACACAGAAGGCCACAGGUUAACAGGACGCACACACACACACACUCGCACGUGGACACACACUCAGCAUACAGUGAAAACACCAGCAGUGUAAAUGCAUUGCUGUUUGCUUGGCAGGUUUAAUCACUUUGCUCUGAGCCACUGAACCUCGGCCCGCGCUGUGAUCACGGGGCAGAUUUGAUUGGCAAGUCCGAUGUCCCAUAGGGACCCCGCCCCCAUUUGUCUGACACUUGCUAUCAGGCGACGAACGUGCAUUUCUAUGAUUGAGCAGGUGCUAGAAGACAUAGAUUUUGUCUCGCUGAACCGUGUCCAGGUCAUCGUCCAUCGUCAGCAGAACC